AUGCUCGAGCUCAUCAGGUCCUACGCAGCACAGCCAGUCCACGUCCUCACCUUUCUUUCUCUCCCGGGCCGCUCUCUCCUCCUGUAUCCGUCCGCAGACGUCGUGCUCAUCGUCCAUGCUCGCUCGCUCAUCCUCGCCCGUGCUCUCGCCUUCUCCGACAUCCACCCUGCCACGCGACAUCUCAAUGCUUCUAUCACAUCUCUCGCCGUAGACUCGGCAAUGAAACUCAUCGUGGCCUCCCUGGGCUCCCGAAUAGCGGCCUGGUCUCUCUCCGGCGUCCAGCAUGAUACCUGGCGCAUACAUUCAUCUCUUACGCUUCCCGAGUCCCAGACCAUCACCGCUCUCGACUGCAGAUCAGGUCUCCUCGCCGUCGCCACUAGCUCCUCCCUCUCAGUCUAUACUCUCAUCUUAGAGAACGAUCUCCCGACAUGGACGAUCAAAUGGUCAUCCAAGUCCUCUUCUUCGCCCACUCGCGUCCGCUUCUCCCCCUCGCUAAUGCACAUCGUCACCACCUCCCGACAAGAUAAUACAGUGCGCGUGUACCUCACCACCUCUGGACGACAAACGCAGGGCAUACCCCAUCUCCGUCCCGUGACGAACAUAGCCUGGCGACACACCCAGGCGUCCAGUCGGGACGAUCUUAUUCUAUACACCAUCACCGCAGAUUCGACACUCCGCAUCUUCCUCCCCGUUCUCGACGCACCACAACACCUCCAACUACACGCAUCGCUCGACCUAUUCUCCUCUGUCCACCCUUCGCUCCUAUCUCCUUCUCCUUCUUCUUCUCCGUCCACGUCCCAUGGAUCGUCCGUGUUCUGGCUCGAUAGAGAAAUCAUGGGUGACGCCCUCGAUCGGAUACUCAAACAGCAUUCGGAGUCACAGAGCGAAGACGAAAACGAAGACGAAGAAGCGAAACUGAGAAUAAGAAAGCUGAGGGAGAUACAAGAAGAGGGAUGGGAUCUGUUCUUGCGGGUGCUCCCGGAUGGGGCUGUCGUCGUCACUGCCGUCGCUAACAUCGACCGCAGACCACCCACCCUCCUCCGACACUUCACACUCUUACAGACCGCACCGGCAUUCCUCUCACCCUCUCCCUCAUCCACCCCCUCGCACCUGCAUAUCCUUCCCCAUCCGAAUCUCGGCCAAGCAAAGAACACAACGCAACUCACGCUGACACUGAUAACAUACCCGCACCUCACAUCGUUCGAGCUUGAGCCGAAGGAAUUCUUUGGAGGGAGUGGAGGGUUGAGGGUUAUAGCGCGGGGUGGGGAGAAAUCUGCAGCUGAGCACAACGAGGGGCGGGACGAAGGCGAAAAGAGCAAGGGCGAAAGGCGUGGAAGAAGUGAAAAGGGGGAUGAAAGAGGGCAAGAGUCGAGGAUCCUAAGAUUCGUGCGGACCCCGGAUGGGAGGGCGGUGGGUGUCGUGCGGGAGAAGGGCGGGGAGGUGUGGACGCUCGAGCAAGAUAAUGAGCAGGAUCAGGAUAGAGGGACGAGGUUAGGAAGGAGAGGGAGGUGGGAGAGCGCGGAUCGGGUGGUCGUGCUUGAUGGAGGACGCACAUUCGCAACCUACUCCAAUACCUCCAACCUCCUCACCCUACACCUUCCCACCUCCCCCGCACCACUCACGCUUCGCAUCCCACGCGUCUCCUCGCUCUUCUCGCUUCCUCCUGUUUCGGGGCGGCAUGAGUGUAUUUUUGGGAUCACGGAGGUGGGUGGCGAGGGCGGGGGUGGAGUGCCUUCGAUAUUGCAUGUGCAUGCUACGAUGGGGUCGGCGGAUGGGGUGCCUGGGCAGGAGUCAACGUCUGAGCAUGAGGAGCCAAGGCUGUGGAUGCAUAGCGAGACGACAUUGGGCGGGGAGAUUGGGGAUGGGGAUGCUAUGGCGUUUAUUUUGCCGGUGGAUCCGAUGGCGUGGAGUGGUGGUGGUGCUGGCGGUGGAGGAAGUGGUGGCGGGAGAACACAAACGAACGUAGCGCACGACGUCUUACUAGGCGUUGCUCAGGACGGAGACCUCACGUUCUGGGUCCCGGAGGAGGGAGCUGGGUCCGGUGGCGGGGUUGGGGGCGGGGGAGGAUGGAGGAGGACGGGCAGGGUGAGGACGGGGAGGAGGGGGAUAAGGAUGGCGAGGUGUAGUUCGGCGAAGAAGACUGUGCUUGUCGUCCCGAGCGAACGGGGCGAGGAACUGACGAUCUGGGAUUCGAAGGAAUCGGAAUUCGCGUCUGGGCUGGAAUAUUCCAAUAUCGUCCCCUACGACUCCCCGGGCCAAUCGUCCGCUAACACUACCACCAUCAACGACCUCGACUGGUCCUCGACCCCGGAUGGGCAGUCGAUCCUCGCCGUCGGGUUCGCGCACCAUGUCGAUAUACUGUGUCAGCAGCGGAUGACGUAUUUUGAGGAGGGGGAGAGCGCGGCGGCGGGGUGGGGGGUCGUGAGGAGGAUUGAUGUUAGGGAGAUGCUGCCACAUCCGAUCAGUGAUUCGAUUUGGCUCGCGCACGGGGCAUUGUUGGUCGGUUCGGAUCGGCAGAUGUGUCUCUAUGGGGAGAAGGGCCGGAGCGUGUCCUCUGACUUUGGCGAGAAGCCAGUGGACGAGGCGGAUGAGCCGGAGAGCUUGUUCGAGCAUGUGGCGAGGCUGAAUGGGCCGCUGGAGGAGUAUCAUCCGCAGAUGUUGUUGCAGUGCUUAUUAUGGGAGAAAAUGGAGCUAGUGAAGGAGAUCAUCGUGAAUCUGGCGAAGAACGUACAGAGAGCGAGGGAGGCAGGGGGGAGGUUUGUGUGGACGGAGGUGCCGGUGGAUCAUUUUUUGAGGAAGGAGCAGAUGCAUACUGCGGUGAACGGGCGACAUCGAAAGCAGUAUAUAUCGUUGUUUGAUAUUCCGGAGCAGAACGAUGAAAAUGAGGACGAAGGCUUCUCUCGCGACCUCGUCGAGAAGUUGCUCACCCAACUCGAAGAACACCCCCUACCGCAUCUCACACCGAAUGAGCACGCCCAUCUACUCGUCCUCAUCCAAGCCACCCUCGAAGUCGACGAAUCGCGGCGCGCCCUCGACGCCAACGGCCUCCGAUACCUCAUCUCCAUGCGCUCCUUCUACAUCCUCAACCACCGCGCCUCCGCACCGAACAGCCCCUCCCCCCACGCCGAACCCGGAGCCGCCCGUCGCGCGGCGGGCUGGCGAGCACGAUUGAGGUAUCGGGAUAUGAUCUGGGCGUUCCAUAGUGAGAGUCAGGGGCUGUUGUUGACUACAUCGGUGGCGGCGUGUGAGGGGGGGAAGAUGACGUGGAGCGAGGCGCGGGCGCUGGGGGUGUUUUUGUGGUUGAAUGGGUUGGACGCUAUGAAAUCGCAUAUGGAGGUCAUCGCGCGGAACGAGUACAUGGCGAACGACGCGCGCGAUCCCGUCGCCUGUUCGCUCUUCUACUUCGCGCUCGGAAAGUCGAAGCUCGUGCAUGGGCUUUGGAGGCAGGCGGCGUGGCACAAGGAGCAGCAGGUGAUGCUGAAGUUCUUGAACAACGAUUUUCGGCAGGCGAGGUGGAGGACUGCGGCGAUGAAGAAUGCGUUUGCGCUGUUGAGCAAGCGACGGUUCGAAUAUGCAGCGGCAUUCUUCAUCCUCGGUGGUAGUCUGAAAGACGCGGUAAAUGUGUGCAUCAAGCAACUAAACGACUUUCAGCUUGCCGUCGCACUUUGUCGGAUCGUCGAGCAGAGCGAUGAGGGACCGAUAUUGCAGGGAGUGCUUAAUGGCACCGUAAUUCCGCUCGCGUUCAAGAGUGGGAAUAGGUGGCUCGCGAGUUGGGCAUUUUGGCUCUUGAGGAGAAGGGACUUGGCGGUGCGGAUACUUGUCAUGCCGCUGCAAGACAUCGCGACAUCCUUCUUCGGUCCUGCGAUCAUGGAGAUUGGGAGCCCACAUUACGACGACCCGAGUCUGGCGCUGUUGUUCUCACAGCUGAAGGCCAAGACGCUUCAGACGGCGAAGGGCACGAGCGAGAUCUCGGGGCGGCUGGAGUUCAACUUCAUUCUUCAGAUCGCGCGUGUAUUCACGAAAAUGGGCUGCCACGUCCUCGCACUCGACCUUGUCCGCUCCUGGUCGUUUGAUAGACCCUCAACUGUGUCGCACGAUCCUCCGACAUCACAUGCGCACGAAGCCCCUCCGAGCCCAACAUCUGCACGUCGAUUGUUCGCACUCGGCCCAGCUAUGCGCCGACGAUCGUCUAUCCUCAUAGACAUGGACGUAUCGACGCAGCCGCCCACACGACGACCUUCGCCCGAGCCUGUCGAGCAAAACGCCAACGCUGCCCUUACACCCACGACCAACCUCAACGGCGACGGUGCUCAGUCACGGACCUCGCUAUCGCUUUCGAUUGAUGGAGAGGGAGGGCUACCAGUAAGGGAAGGGGAAGAGAAGAUGAAGGAGGACGAGGGAGAUUUGGUGGCGAGGAAGGCGGGGAUGGGGAGCUUGAUGAAGUCGGCGAAACAUGAUGUGCAGGUACCUGAGUUCGAUAUGAAUGCAUUUUUCUGAGGGGUUUGGCUAUCAAUGGUGGGCC